AUGAACCCCUUCCAGUCUCCUCUCAUAACUCCAGCCGAAUACUAUCACAAUGCGGCAGUAUGCAAGGACACCAAGCGUAGGCGGAUUGUCCCCUUAGCAGCCUACCGUCCCACGCUCCACUCGUCCUUCGAAUCCUUUCACCUUCCAGGCUCAAAGUUCUUCAAUCUCGACCAAAUUCGUGACACCGCCUCUCCCUACCCUUCCAUGCUUCCCUCACCUUCCCUCUUCGCCGCUGCAAUGACUGCCCUCGGUAUUCGCAACGAUGAUAUUCUAGUUAUUUACGAUGCAGAUGAGAUAGGCACGUAUCAUGCCCCGCGGCUGGCGUUUAUGUGUGAGCUCUAUGGACAUAAGGAUGUGCACGUCUUGAAUAACUUCAGGCAGUAUGUGCGGAUGCGGCUGCCCGUAGAUUCCGGGUCUGAGGGAAUAGAGGUUCCAGUGGUUGGGACGAGAGGAGAGCAAGGCGAUGAGUAUGUCGUGGAAGAGAGAGACUUUGACACCGGAAGGGUAAUAGCGUUCGAGGAGGUUAAGGACGUUGUUGUUGGGAGGGACCAGGAGAAGGUGAGGAUUGUCGAUGCGAGGAUACCAGGUCGGUUUCAAGGUGUACAGCCGGAAAUGAAUCCAAGUUUGAGGUCCGGGCACAUUCCUGGAGCUGUCAAUGUGCCAUUGGCUAGUUUAUUGGAAGAUGAGACUGGGAUGAUACUAGCUCCUGAGAAACUAAGGGGUGUUUUGACGGAUGCGGGCGCGUUGGCGGAAGAAGAUGAGGGAGUGCCAUACAUCCUGACGUGCAAUUCGGGGGUUACGGCUGCAUCACUAGAUCUAGCUUCGAGGCUGGUUGGGGCGAAGGGAUCCAGAAGGGUGUAUGAUGGUAGCUGGAUGGAGUGGACGAGGAGGGUAGGGGAUGAAUUGAUUGAGGUUUCGUAA